ACGUACCGUACGGUCCGUACGUCAACAUUGUCAACAACGAAAAUGGCAGCGACUUGGCGUCUUGUGUAAAAUUAGACAUUCUUCCAUUCUGUUAUUUCCGUUGAUAAUAAGACAUAAUCCAUAUUUGUAGCUUUAUUUACCUCUAUUACAUAUUAUAUUGUAAUAAUGUAACAAGUUUUCAGCAUGACAAGGAACUCUACUGUAGUAUUUUAGUUCUCAAUCAUGUUUUGUCUAGAGAGAGUUCUAAUAUUUUAUAACUCUAUCAUACCGCGAACUACAAAGUAUUUGUAAAUGUUUUGAUUAUUUUAUGAAUAAAAUAUAUUAUUCACCGCGAUGGAAGACGUGAAAGUAUGCCGAAUAUGUCUUGUUAUGGGAGUAAAGAUGUACAACUUGCAUACGUAUCCAUUAUAUGGUUACUUUGAAUCACUUAUUGGGAUCAAUCCUCUAAGCAUGAUGGACCUCCCUCCGUACGGGUGUUAUGAAUGCGUCGCGCUGAUGAAGAAGCUGUAUAACUUUAAGGAGCGAUGUCUCAUCGGUCAGGCUGAGCUGUAUGCUGUGUUGCAGGCAACUGGCAAGAUUACAGUUGAAGGGUUAAACAGCAUAGACCGCCGGCAACUUAAAUUGAUCUCUGCUCUUUCCGUCAGCCAUGAAAAUAAUAUAAUAUCCUAUGAACAUGAUGACAAUGUUCAAGACGUUGAAGUGAAAAUAGAAUCCCCUAAACCCAUCAACGCUGAUUUCCUCGUUGAAAUAGAUACUAUUAAGCAAGAAGAUUACAAUGACUUCGUAAUGACUAACAUGUCAAGUGACGAUGAGCCGCUUUCGUUACAAAAGAGUCUAAAAGAUAAAAAGAAAGUUAAGAAAAAAGAAAAGAGGGGACGGAAGAAAAAAGUAAAAGUUGGUUUGGAAUGUAAUGGAGAGUUACUGGAUAUUGAGGCAACAACCGACAUGCCAAUGACCCUCGAGUCCGAAGCGCCAGAGGCCGCAGAUGCCUCGGAAGCCCAAGAGGCCUCAGGCCUCCCAGAGGCCCCUAAAAAGAAGCGAGGCCGGCCUCGGAUGUCGGAGGCCAAGAAAGAAGCGAAGCCAAAGUCCCGUCGGACUCGCAAUACUGGGGGCGUGGGCGUGGAUGAUAUAGACCUUGAGGAAUAUGUUACUGUAGUUAAGUUGACUCCCGAAGAGCAACUAGCGGAGAUAACAAAACGCCAGCAGUCUUCAAACUACCUGAACGCUCCGUUCCAGUGUAAUCUUUGCUAUAAAGGCUUCAUAGACGCGUUGGCAUGGAAACAUCAUGUUGGUAAACAUGAUCCGAGCGCAGGCGAGGUGGAGUGCAAUAUUUGCAAGUUCCGUUUCCGCUCCCGACGCGCGCUGCAGAAACACGCCGCCAACCACGAGAAAAAAUAUGCCUGCCGAUCUUGCCCAUACGUUUCCAAGACCACAACGCAAGCGAAGCAACAUCAGCGUUGGCAUAAAGGCGUCACAUACAAGUGCCAAUACUGCGACGAGAUAUCUACUAAAUGGACGUCGUACCUAAGCCACGUACGAAUCAAGCACCCCUCGGAGUUCAUAUGCGGCGUGUGUGGAUACUCUUACGUUAGCAAACUCGGACUCGCCAUGCAUAAGACCAUGAUGCAUAAGGACUAUGUUGAAAAGACUGAGCCAGACGCAGAAGCAGAACCAGGCCCGUAUUGCCAGGAGUGCGACGUACAGUUCGUCACGGAGGAGGCGUGGAAGCGGCACAUGGUCACCUCCGCCAAGCACGCGCCCUCUAACGACUUCAAGAACGGGUGCCGGUCGUGCGGCAGCGUGUUCUCGACGGGCGAGGAGCUGCGGCUGCACCACCGCGCCGCGCACGCGCGCCGCCGCCCCAAGAACUACGGCAAGAAACAAGACCAAGCCUGGCCCGCGCCCUGCGAACAUUGUGCGGAAGAAAUUCCGAACGCGAGAGAAUACUGGACGCACUUCCGUCGCGCACACCCGGACAAACCAUACCCUAUACAGAAGAACUACAUUUGCGAUAUUUGUGGCAAGAGCUUUAGGGGCAACGCCUUCCUCGUCUACCACAAACGCACCCACUUCGAAGAGCGAGCCUACAAAUGUGCCGUCUGCCCCAAAGCGUUCCACAACCGAACCAACCUGCAGAUGCACGAAAAAACCCACUCGGACGCGCGGCCCUACCCGUGCUCUGUGUGCUUUAAGGCUUUCAAGUGUAAGGGGGCACUCGACAGGCACUUCAGGAGUCACACCGGCGUAAAACCAUACGAGUGCGAAGUAUGCGGCAAGGCGUUCGGGCAGUCCAACAGCCGUAAGCUACACGUGCGCACCGUGCACUUGCGUCAACCCGCGCCAUACGUCAGCCGCGCGAGGAAACGGCGACCGCUGCUAGAGCCACACGCGUACCACUUCUACGACCGACCAGUCUUGAUACGCCGUGUCUACGAAGAAAGACUCAGAAAACUUCAAGACGCAUCAAUCACAUGCAAGUUAGAAGAGCCACAAUUAGAGCCCAAGUACAUCGCAGACCUGCAGGAUUUGAAGGCACAAAUAGAAGAACGCUUACACUACAUGCAGAUCACCCAACCAGCACCAGCAGAUGACGUCGCAGAAUUGGCCAGGGUGGAGUUAGCAAUGAGAAAACAUUACACACAGAGAUUCUGCAUUACUAAAGACAACAAUCAUGACAUGUGGGAAGACCACUUGAAAAACAUUAUAACAAAAAGUGAAGUGAAAAACAAAGACAAUAAUGAUCGUGAGUUAUUAGAACAGUAUGCUAAAGAACAGUGGUUAUUAGAAUUAAGAGCCAUAGUCUAUGAUUAUUCACCAGACUUGACAUCACCGACUACUCACUUAACAACUAAUCAAUUAGGAUUAGAAUACCACUUCUACGACCGACCAGUCUUGAUACGCCGUGUCUACGAAGAAAGACUCAGAAAACUUCAAGACGCAUCAAUCACAUGCAAGUUAGAAGAGCCACAAUUAGAGCCCAAGUACAUCGCAGACCUGCAGGAUUUGAAGGCACAAAUAGAAGAACGCUUACACUACAUGCAGAUCACCCAACCAGCACCAGCAGAUGACGUCGCAGAAUUGGCCAGGGUGGAGUUAGCAAUGAGAAAACAUUACACACAGAGAUUCUGCAUUACUAAAGACAACAAUCAUGACAUGUGGGAAGACCACUUGAAAAACAUUAUAACAAAAAGUGAAGUGAAAAACAAAGACAAUAAUGAUCGUGAGUUAUUAGAACAGUAUGCUAAAGAACAGUGGUUAUUAGAAUUAAGAGCCAUAGUCUAUGAUUAUUCACCAGACUUGACAUCACCGACUACUCACUUAACAACUAAUCAAUUAGGAUUAGAAGUGGUAUGUUUAAUUUUACAAUCUGGCUUCGAAGAUUUUGUACUAAGCCAGCUGAACCACCCCUUAGAAUAA